AUGUUCUCGACAUUUGUCUCCUCUGCUUGGCUCUUCACCCUCCGUCUCAUCGCGCUUUACCGUAGGAACCGGUAUCUGGUCUGGUUCAUGUAUGCGUUCUUCUUCGCCACCUAUGCCGCGUCCUUUGGCACUCUGACCGCGGCCCUGGUCACAUAUCAUAAGACCGUCGCAUAUUUUGAGAUUCUGAAUGCAUGCGGUGCUACCGAGGCAUCGCACACUUUUCCGGCCUUGUUCUACGCUCCGGCCGCGUAUGAAGUUUUCAUUUUCGCCCUUACGGCGUGGAGAGCGUAUCAAGACGCGAGUUUGAUCUCUGGAGCGCCAUUUAUGCGGGUGUUAUACCGAGAUGGAGUCAUUGCCUUUCUGGUCAUGACUGGAGUUCGCGGUUGGAAUAUUUGGAUUUACGUGUCUCAACCUAUCACGGCUCUCAGCAUCGGAACAAACAUUAUGUGGGCGCUGAACACGAUUUUGAUGACACGAGUCUACCUCAACCUCCAGUGGCUUGCCAAAGGACCUACACUUGGGGGAUACCACCGACCUGACGACUUUUGCGUCGCCACUUGGUCGUGGGACAGACGGGCACCCCAUCCGACCCAGAAACUCGAUCCAUUUUCGUGUUCCGCAUCUUACCACAACGUUUGGUCAAACCACCGUCAUGACGCAGACAAUCUUUUUGACCUUGGAACCGAGCCGCACCGUUGCGGAGCGCAGUUUACGGUGGAGCUUCGUACUGUCAAAGAGGACGAAGAUGUGCCACAUUCUCUGGGUAUGAUGGCGGAAACGCUUAGGCUCAAAUGCGACAGAGUCGUUCCUUGCAACUCGUGUGUGCGACGAGGGUGCCCACAGAUCUGUCCAGAUGGUACUCUGACACCAGGAAAAGGAAGCAGAUUCAUCCUAAACAAUACAAAGGAAUUGCACGAGGAGAUUGAGGCGUUACGCACGCGUGUCAGGCAAUUGGAAGGAGCUCUGGCCGAGUUGCAAGCUCAACUUACACCGGAGCCUCAUCCAUUACUCCAGAAAUCGUUGAACAUGGUCUCUACAGCCCUUGGGCCAGCUGAAUCUCAUUCGGGCAAAGAAAAUUCGGAAGCAGAAGACGAGAGUCUCAUCGAUACCUUUGGGAGGUUGAAUCUCGAGCCAAACGGGCAGACCAUUUGGUACGGUCCACAGGCUGGCUCCCGCUUCUACAUCCCGAGGGAUGAAUCUGAGGAAAAUGCUGUAUCUGCACUUCCGGUCGACCUCAUGGUACUCAGCCGACUGUUCCCUCUCGGAGCGACAACCAUAUCAGAAGCCGAAGAUAUUGUUCGACAGCAGGUCAAGAGAUAUAUCCCUCCAGAAAAGGAGGUAACUGAGAGCAUCUACUCCCACCAUUCUAACCUCAAUUGGUCGGCUGAAGACGUGCCACCCAAAUGGGCAAGGUUCCGUGAAACCACGAUAAAACCGAUAUACUCCCCAGGGAGUCAACCUACAGAUGCCCAAUUGGCUGUCUUCUUCCUAGAAUAUGCCGUAUCAUUGAUACUGGAUCCAAGGCGCCAACCUGACUAUGCAGAGGCAGAUAGAUAUCAUCAUCUGUCGAAAAUAUGCAUAAGCCUGGGAAAAGACUUGCUUAUAUCUUGCACCCUCGAAGUCAUCGGAUACUUGCUUUACAAACGAUGGAUCACGGGUAGCCUGGCCAUACGACUGGCCGAGAUGGGAGGGCUUCACCGUGAAAACCCGAGAUGGAAUCUCGAUUCAGAGAUUAUCGAGAGACGACGACGUACAUGGUGGGAGCUUGUGUCGCUGGAUACCGUACGAUCUCUAGAAUUAGGGCGUCGAAGGGCUAUCAACGUUGACCACUUUGAUACAAAGAUGCCGCACGACCCAGAAGAUGAGGGUGGAGAGCCUACUUGUGCUGUCCUCGUCAGGAUGCUCUAUGCUGAUCUCCAAACAGUCAGCCGUGUACGAUUCAAAUAUAUGGCAGCGUCACUAGGAGCCAUUCUAGACGAAAGCGUUUCGAGUCAAGCCUGCCUUACUUACGCCAAACUCUUCAGGCUCGUUUACCUUCAUCGACGCUACUUCAUCGAGGCAUUGACGCGGUAUCCACACGAGCCAUUACGGAGCAAAUAUGCCAUUAGUGUGAUAGCAGUCUAUCGUAGCUCUAUACUGAUUCUUCAGGCUCUUAAAGGUCGAGUCGGUGGCUGGUGCACUGCUCCCCAAGUCUUUACGAUGGGGCAACAUGGAUUGCCCACCAUUCUGAUGGAAUUAUAUAUGAAGGGCGAAUGGUCAUCGAAUGUGGGAACUGUGUCCGACCAAGACGUCCUGACAUUCGCCGGACGCCCAGGUGUACUCUCAGUCAAGGCGCGAACCAAGCAGGAUUCGACGUCAACUUCGACUCCAGACUCCAACGCACCGGAAUCUUCGAUCACAAAUGCCGCUCAUCCGCUCCUCCUAGAAUAUCUUAUGCGUAUUCAGGACGCACAAACUACACAGAUAAGUCUCAUCAGUCGCGCCCAAUGGCCCACGGGUCAAGCACCAGCGGAGGACCUAUCCUUUGCCUUGCCAAAUCCCAUCAGCGCCCUGAGCAGUGGCGAAUCAGUGGAUGCUUCAGCCAACGCCUCGAUAUGGCCCUAUGUCAAUUAUGAGGUACCCACAACAUCUCCUCAGCAACAACCUUCUGGAGACAACUUUUGGCAGAUGUUCUUGAGCGACCUAGAUAUGAUGCCAUUUGGUAGUGAUGGACAUGUUAACGGCUUUAUAUCCUAUCAACUUA